AUGGACUCAAUUACAUAUCAAUACCUUACCUUUGAGACGUUAUUACCCCAUCCCAGCCAACUCUUACCAACGGGAGCAGACGAGUCACGCGCGCCAGUGCCCACCGAUCUCGCUCAGUAUGCCUCACCCCUGACCUGGUCCAGAGUCCGCAAACACACAAUUAUUGCCCUCUCCUGUCUCUGUUCCACUGUUGUCUGCUAUGCAGCUGGCGCCUACGACGCCGCGCUAGAGUCUUUUACGACACAGUGGGAUGUUACACGCACUGUAGUGACGCUCGGCAUCACCACGUUUACAGUUGGCUUCGGCAUCGCCCCAAUGAUCCUGGCGCCCUUCUCUGAGCUCAACGGACGAAAGCCCGUCUUUGUUGUUACAGGAAUCAUCUUCUUUGUUGCGCAACUGGGGUGCGCGCUGACAACGUCGUUCCCCGGCUUGCUAGUGGCGCGCCUAUUUGUGGGCAUUGGAGGCUCCUCGUUUAGCUCGACGAUAGGCGGCGUGAUUGGUGAUAUCUAUGCCCGACAGGAGAGGAACACACCGAUGGCACUGUUUACGGGCUCUGCUCUUUUUGGGACGGGGCUUGGGCCCCUAGUCUCGGGGUUUGUGGCGCAGAGGGCCGACUGGAGGUGGGUGUUUUGGGUGCAGGUGGUUACCUGUGGAGUUUCUAUUCUUCUGGUGAUUUUGCUAUUUGACGAAACUCGAGGGAGUGUUAUCCUUAGUCGGAAGGCUAGGGCCCUGAACACGUGGUAUGAGCUUAGAGAGAAAGCUGGGCUGGUGGACGUUGGGAUCCCACUUGAUGAAACUGGCUCGGUGCAUGGGACACUGAGGAUCAGAUGGAAAGUCCAGUCGGAUGAGCUCAGAACCUCUCUGGCUCAGGUGCUCGGGAUAAGUCUGUAUCGGCCGUUCCAGCUCUUGGUCACGGAACCCGUGGUAUUUCUCUUCUCGCUAUGGGCUGCAUUCAGCUGGGCUGUUCUAUAUCUGACGUUCAGCAUCGUUCCCCUUGUCUUUACAACUAACCACCACUUCAACCUGGAGCAAAACGGCGCAGUCUUUGCAGCAAUGUGCACUGGCUCUCUCAUUGCCACAGUUAUUGGGUGCUUUCAAGACAACAUACUCGCCGCUUGCUAUCGCAGGGUUCCUUCCACACCCGAGGGCCGCCUGUAUCCGAGCAGUGUGCAGAGCGCACUUCUUCCAAUCGCGCUCUUCUGGUUUGCCGGGACCCUCGCGCCGUCCGUCCACUGGACACUCCCUACACUGGCCAUUGGCUGUGCGACAAUGGGCCUGUUUUCCAUUUAUCUCGCUGUGUUCAACUAUUUGACCGACACCUACGGUCCCUACGCUAGCUCGGCACUGGCCGCGCAGUCAUUCUGUCGAAACAUGUUUGCCGGGACAUUUCCACUCUUUGCUGAAGCCAUGUUCAGACGAUUGACCUUCGCGGGCGCAUCGAGUUUGUUGGGCGGCAUUAGCUUACUCCUGACAAUGGUCCCCUGGGCACUUAUUUUCUACGGUCCCAAAUGA